ACUUUCGAAAUUAAAAAAAGAGCCAUAACGAGUUUUGAAUAUUUCCACGAGCUGCAAUUUCUUGACAGUUUCUUCCUCCUCUUACCGAUUCCAUUGACAAAGAUUUUUCAUGAAUUCCUCUUACAUAUACGUUUCAAUCAUGCUAACCAACUAAAUCCACUUCACAUUUGAUUUCUCAAUUUUUCCCUCUCUAGAUUGGUUGCCUUUCUCAGUAACCAGAGCCAUUUCAUACGAUCUAACGCAAGAUUAUCCCACAAUUUUUUUGGAAUUUCAGGUCCUUCUUUAAACUCUGAGAGACUACCUCAUUGAUCAAAACUUAGCCUCAUUCGAUCCAACAGUCUGUUGUUAGGAUAAAAAUAUCAAAAUGUUCGGUCACAAGAAGUCUCCCUUGCAUAGGUUUUCAAGGCACAAGUCAGCUGACCCUUCUGACUUCCCUAAUCAUCAAACUAAUCCAUUUGAAUCAAACGAUGAGUUGAAAUCGGUUAAAGAUUCUGGAAGAACUUCAUCAGAACCUGCUCUGGUGACACCAGAUUUCAAUUCAAACCCCUUUGAUGAUGAUGGCAAUGAUGUUCGAGGAACCUCAUCAUCUCAGAGCUUUUUCAAUUCCUCGGCAAGAAACAAAUACAAGAACGAUUUUCGUGACUCUGGGGGAUUAGAGAGCCAGACUGUAGAGGAACUGGAAAAUUAUGCCGUUUAUAAGGCUGAAGACACGACUAAAACCGUCAACAGUUGCCUUAAGAUUGCAGAGGACAUGCGAGAAGAAGCCACCAAUACUUUGGUUAUGCUGCAUCAACAGGGAGAGCAAAUUACCAGAACUCACACGGUUGCUGCCGACAUAGAGUACGACCUUAGUAGGGGGGAGAAGCUUUUGGGAAGUCUUGGGGGCAUGUUUUCUAAGACAUGGAAGCCGAAGAAGAAUCGUGCAAUAAAAGGCCCUUCAACCACUAGAGGUGAUCCAGUACAAAGAAAAGGUAACCACUUGGAACAGAGGGAAAGACUUGGUUUGUCUUCGGCCUCAAAGGAAAGAUCAUCAAAUGCACGUAAACCACUAUCCGAUCCCACUGAUGCCUUGCAGAAAGUUGAGGUUGAAAAGGGGAAACAAGACGACGCCCUUGUAGAUCUAAGUAACAUCUUGGGGGAGCUAAAGAAUAUGGCUAUUGACAUGGGAUCAGAGAUUGAAGGGCAGAACAAGGCUUUGGAUCACGCCGAAGAUGAUAUGGAUGAGCUGGUUUACCGAGUGAAAGGUGCUAAUCAGCGUACUCGUCGUUUGCUUGGGAAGUAGGGUGCAUUGCUUGCACUACUUGUGACCCUCUAUGAUGUAAAAUGUUCGACAUUUUUCUUGCUCGUUUGCGGGUUUAUACUACGUAUAUAUAGCUUAUGUGUACAAUAAAAGAGAAAAUCAGCAUACUUCAUGAGCUACUUGCAACACAUCAGUGAUCCUUUGGGAGUUUAGCUGUC